AUGCGAAAAUUUUUUCGAAGAUGGAGAUGUAAUCGAGGUAAGUAUGAUAAACUCAUAUGUCUAUGUCCACCCAGUUAUUAUAGAGAUCAAUGUCAACAUCAGAAUCAACGUGUUAGUCUUACUUUGCAGUUACAAGCAAUUGCUAAUUUUCGUAUGGUUUUUACAAUUAUUAUCAUGUUAAUUGAUAACGAAGGUCAAAUUAAUUCAUAUGAAUAUUUUAAUUAUUUAGAAAUUCGAGAUUGUAAUAUUUGUAAAACUUCUGAACAAUGUGUACCAUUCGAUGAACGUAGCAUUAAUAAUCAAUGGUACUGUAUUUGUAAAGAAGGUUAUUCUGAUAAACAAUGUAACACAAAUGAUAGAAAGAUUAUAGUCUCUUUUUAUGAUACUGAAAUUCCAUUAUCAUUCUUAAUACAUUUUAUUUAUGUACCAGGCGAUAGACCUCAUGAACGUACAACAACAUUUAUCUGUUCCAUCUAA